CAAAAACAAAAGGAAGUUUAUAAAACAAUUAUAAUGGCAGCUUCGGCUACAACACUUAUGAAGCUCUUCUUCUUCGCCAUAAUUCUUAUCAGCUGUGCCGUAUCUCCGGCAAUGUCAACGGCGCCAGAAGAAUGUGAAGCGGAGUCAACUAAUCCAUGCGUCAACAAGACUAAAGCCUUACCUCUAAAAAUCAUAUCCAUUGUAGCCAUCCUCGUGACCAGCAUGAUAGGUGUCUCGGCUCCUCUCUUCAGCCGAUACGUUCCUUUCCUCCAUCCCGACGGAAACAUUUUCACAAUUGUCAAGGCUUUUGCAUCCGGAAUCAUCCUCGGAACAAGUUUCAUGCACGUGUUACCAGAUUCUUUUGAGAUGUUGUCAUCAGAAUGCUUAGAGGAUGAUCCAUGGCACAAGUUCCCAUUCACAGGAUUUGUCGCUAUGUUGUCGGCCCUCAUCACUCUAGCCAUUGACUCCCUGGCGACUAGCUUCUACUCUAGCAAGAACGGUAGUGAGAUUGUACCUUCUGCUAGUAACGGUGAUCAGGAGAGAGCCAAUCCGAUGAUAACUCAUGGUCAUAGUCAUGGUCAUGGCGUUACACUAACUAAUAAAGAUGAUGGCUCUUCACAGUUAUUGCGGUACCGUGUUGUUGCUAUGGUGUUGGAGCUUGGAAUUAUAGUUCACUCCGUAGUCAUUGGACUAUCCCUAGGUGCAACAAAUGACACAUGCACUAUAAAGGGUCUUAUAGCAGCUCUUUGCUUCCAUCAAAUGUUUGAAGGUAUGGGUCUCGGCGGCUGCAUCCUCCAGGCGGAAUAUACGAAUGUAAAAAAGUUUGUGAUGGCCUUCUUUUUUGCGGUUACAACACCAUUUGGAAUCGUUUUAGGGAUUUCAUUGUCGAGCGUUUACAGGGAUAAUAGCCCGACCGCAUUGAUCACUGUUGGACUGCUUAACGCGUGCUCAGCAGGACUGCUCAUCUACAUGGCCCUCGUCGACCUUUUAGCGGCUGAGUUCAUGGGACCAAAGCUACAAGGCAGCAUCAAGCUUCAAAUCAAGUGUUUCUUUGCCGCUCUACUUGGCUGCGGUGGCAUGUCAAUCCUCGCCAAAUGGGCUUAA